AUGAAGUAUGAGUAUACACCACUCGACCCAGCGUCGCAAGACAUUCGCUUGGUCACCAUACUCCCCGGGAAAUUCGACGACCCUAUCCAGAUCAAGAUCACUCACGCCCCGCUCAUCCCGCCUACCCAAGGUGAUAAACCAAAGCGGAUGUCGCUGGCCUCCCUACGGGGAACCAUUCCUCAGAGCUGGAACGCCCGCGAGACCUUAGAGGGCCGUAUUAUCUUUCGGAAUUACGACGGGGGGUAUUCUUCCUGGGACCAUCCCGAUCCUAAUUUCCCGCGCGACAGGUACGAACUUCCCGAAGACGGGAAGCCGAGUGUUAAGUUUGAGGCGUUGUCGUAUACUUGGGGUUCACCCAAGGUUAGGGAGAAGGCGGUGGUUCAGGGUGAGGAGGAGGUUAGAGGGUUAAAAGCGUUGAGGACGCAGCGUCUGCCUAUUCAGGGGAACCUCCAGGAGGCGAUGCGUCACCUUCGGUAUGAGGAUAAGGGCCGGGUUAUGUGGAUCGAUGCUCUUUGUAUUAACCAAGACGACCUUGAUGAGCGGAGCGAGCAGGUCAAGCGCAUGGGGUUGAUAUACACGCUCGCUCAUAGGGUUAUAGCAUGGCUAGGCCCCGGCUCCCCAAGCAGCGACCUCGCAUUUUCCAAGCUGGCAUACCUCGGCCGACAAAUCGAGCACACCAAAGACGGCACAAUGCUCUCCGCACCCGACUGCACGGAAGAUAAAUGGUUCUCGAGCAAGAACGCCCUGCCCUGGGACACCGCCACAUGGGACGCCAUCUCCGGGGCCUGUUCGCGGGACUGGUUCGCGCGUCUCUGGAUCGUGCAGGAGAUUCAUCUCGGCAACACCAACUCCGUCCUAAAAUGCGGCCAGAACGAGAUCCCAUGGUCUUUCUUCCGCAGAGCUAUCAUCUGCAUCCACGCCAAGGACGUCGGCGUGCCCGAGAAGAUGCUCUGGCACAAGACGCAGCAGAUCAAGUUCCUGUGCGAGCACCUCGCGGACAUGGCGUUUACGGAUCGGGAUAAGAUUUACGGGCUGCUGAGUCUGGCGCCGCCGGAAAUUACGAGGUAUAUCACCCCGGAUUAUAAGAUGUCGCCGCUCGAGGUGUUUAGGAGCGUCUUUUGGGCGUUUGUGAGGCAUGAGAAGCGCGUUUCGCUGCUGCCGUAUGCGGGGCGGAGGUACGCUACUACUACUACUACUACUACUACUACUACGACGACGACGACGACGACGCCGGCGGAGUGGCCGACUUGGUUGCCGGACUGGUCGCGUUAUCUGCGCGACACGGCGCCUCACCACGUCGGGUUCUGCGCCAGCGGGAUCUCGGCCUCGCGCGCGAAGUCCAUCGACCCCAGACGUCUCGAGGUCUCGGGCUUAUACUUCGCCAGCGUCUCGUGCGUCGGCGCGAAAAUCACCACAAAGAAUUUCCCAGAUUUCCGCAAGGCUUGCCGGGGUAUUGGUGUUGAUCGCUUAAAGGAGGCUCCGUAUCCGUAUCCGUAUCCGUCCCGCGGGACGUACCGCGACGCGUGGCUGGAGACGCUGACGCUGGCGCUGGGGAGAGUCGAGGAUCGGUAUUACGGUAUUGGGUAUUCUAGUCUAGCCGGUCUGGCGGCGAUGAUAGCUGCGCCGGGGGCAAGCGAGGCGGCGGAGGAGGAGAAGGCGUUGUCGGAUGGGUGGAAGAUAUGGACUGUUGGGAGGAUUAAUGGGUGUUAUCUUUUUAGUAUGCAGAAUGGGUAUGUGGGAGUGAUAAAUGGGGAGCCGCAGCAGGGCGAUGAGGUCUUUGUGGUUCUUGGGUGUAAUAUGCCUAUGCUUUUGAGACCGACGGCUGGUAAGGAGUACGAGGUUAUUGGCGAUUGCUACGUGAACGGCGAAGCCCUCUUCGGCUCGAUCCCCCCACCCUGGACAGCGCAGAUAGGCACCGACGAAGACAACCGUGUCCGAGUGAUGUACUACAACGAGGAAACCGAGGACCUAUACAGAGACCACCAGCGGCUACAUGAGGUCCCGGUGCCGCUGGGGUGGGAAGAGAUCACCGAAUGGGAGAGGUCCCGGGCCGACCCCUUGUAUUGUAAGAGGUUCUACAAUAAGGAGACGGACGAGGUGAUUAACUCGGACCCGAGACUCUUUCCGGAAGCGUUUAGGGAGCGUGGGGUUCCUGUUGAGACUAUCACGCUUAUUUGA